AUGGCUGCCGCACCGACGUUCCUCUGCUUCCUCACCAUCCUCCUCGCCAUUUCCACCUCCCCGUCCCUCUCCCGCACUCUACCACCUCCCUCCGCAACAUCCCUCGACGUCUCCGCCUCCCUCCACCGAGCUCACCACAUCCUCUCCUUCGACCCUCAAUCAACCACCACCUUCACCGAGCUAGAAUCCGAAGAACAAGCUUCUUCUUCUUCUUCUUCUUCCCCCUUCCAGCUCAACUCCUCCUCCCCAUUCUCCCUCGACCUCCUCUCCCGACAAUCCGUCCUCAGAUCCAGCCACCCGGACUACAAAUCCCUCACCGCCGCCAGGCUCCGCCGCGACUCCGCCCGCGUCCAGUCCAUCUCCGCCAAGCUCCUCCUCUCCCUCUCCGACUCCGACCUCACUCCCCUCCUCGAUUCCGACUCCGACCAUUUCCUCUCGCAGUCCGAUUUAUCGACUCCGGUCACAUCCGGGUCGAACCAGGGCAGCGGGGAGUACUUCUCCCGGGUCGGGCUCGGCACCCCGACCCGGUCCUUCUACAUGGUCCUCGACACCGGCAGCGACGUCAAUUGGCUCCAGUGCGACCCGUGCGCCGAUUGCUACCAGCAAACCGACCCGAUCUUCAACCCGUCUUCCUCCUCCUCUUACUCCCCGCUCUCCUGCAGCUCCCCUGAGUGCGCCGCCUUGGACGUCUCCAGCUGCAGAUCCGACCAGUGCCUCUACCAGGUCAAUUACGGCGACGGAUCCUUCACCUUCGGCGACUUCGUCACCGAGACUCUCUCCCUCGGCAGAUCCGGAUCCGCGUCGAAGAUCGCCCUCGGGUGCGGCCACGACAACGAAGGCCUCUUCGUCGGCGCCGCCGGCCUCCUCGGCCUCGGCGGCGGGCCGCUCUCCCUCACCUCCCAGAUCCGAGCCUCCUCCUUCUCCUACUGCUUGGUCAACCGCGAUUCAACCUCUUCCUCUACUCUGGAUUUCAAUUCCGCCUUCCCCGCCGACUCCGUGACGGCGAAUCUGAUGAAGAGCAGGAAGGUCGACACGUUCUACUACGUCGCGCUGAGCGGGAUGAGCGUCGGCGGGGAGCUGCUCUCGAUCCCGGCAUCGGUCUUCGAGCUCGACGAGGCCGGGAACGGCGGCGUCAUCGUCGACUGCGGCACCGCCAUCACGCGCCUCCAGACGCAGGCCUAUACGUCGCUCCGCGACGCGUUCGUGCGGCUGACGCCGCACAUGAGGUCGGCGAGCGGGGUCGCGCUGUUCGACACGUGCUACGAUCUGUCCGGGAUGUCGAGCGUGAAGGUGCCGACGGUGGCGUUCCACUUCGGCGGCGGGAAGUCGUGGUCGCUGCCGGCGUCGAAUUACUUGAUUCCGGUGGACGGGGAGGGGACGUUCUGCUUCGCGUUCGCUCCUACGACGUCGUCUCUGUCGAUCAUUGGGAACGUGCAGCAGCAAGGGACGCGCGUCAGCUUCGACCUGGCGAACAGUCGCGUGGGCUUCUCCACCAAUAAAUGUUAG